GUUAAUUUCUAGCUUUAAAUGUUUGUUCGUGUUCGUUGCUCUUUGGACAAGCGUAGCAGUAAAUCUGGUUUCAUAACGGAAAUCAGUGAGAAGUUGGCGAGGUUGGACUUGCGAGAUUGAUAAACGUGCUUCGUAGCUUUGAUAUUCCUGUUGAGAGUGGAGAAAACGACGAAUUGAAGUGAAAGUUGUCAGACUAAUUUUGAGUCUGUGAUUUGAUAUCAUCAAGAGUUGGAGUUUGGCCAUUGCAAAGUGGUCGUUGACUAUUGCACGUGGAGAAGGCUUGAAGGCGUGAGGCUGUGGAGCAUGAAUGAGAUCCUCAUUUCCUUAUGGAUCUGAAUGUCAUUCGACUGACGACUGUCAACGGCACUGAGUUCUUACUGCAAGCUCCAGACACUGAGACUGGAGAUAGUUGGGCUGAGGUGAUCGGUGAUACGAUACGACAGCUGGAGCAAGACAAAACGAUUGCGAAUCCAAUGGUUGCUGAAUGUGACAUUUGUUCAUCUUCCAGGCCAUUGCUUGAUGCUCAUAAUAGUGAACUGAUAGCCGCCAUGCAAGACCCUGAUGCCGGCGUUCCACUUGGCGAGCACAAGAAUGGACUGAAAACAUACAAAGACUGUUUUGCUGGUGUGUUGUGUGUCUUAUCCUCAUCUAAGUUUACUUGCAUAAAAAUUUUGUUUGUUGCAUGUGAAGGUUGUGAGUUAAUUGAGUGGUUGUUGUCGUGGUCGUUUGUCACAAUGAGGGAGGAAGGAUGUCAAUUAGCAAACAGUCUGUUGAACAAAGCGUAUCUUUAGCCAGUGGGAGGGUUGAGUUCCAGGAUCAGCAACAUGUUGACCAUAGUCACGUGAUUUGCAUUUUGAACGAGCAGUCGUGAAGUGGAAAAAGGAAUGCAAGCGUUUGAACAUCCGGGAGAGUUUGUGUUUAAUUUCUAGCUUUAAAUGUUUGUUCGUGUUCGUUGCUCUUUGGACAAGCGUAGCAGUAAAUCUGGUUUCAUAACGGAAAUCAGUGAGAAGGUUAUCGAUGUCAGUCAGUUAAUCAUUGAAAUGUCGACGACGUGAAUGGAUUUUUCUUCAUUUCUCAAUCGGAACUUGUCUGUCUUGCUUUAGUUGGCGAGGUUGGACUUGCGAGAUUGAUAAACGUGCUUCAUAGCUUUGAUAUUCCUGUUGAGAGUGGAGAAAACGACGAAUUGAAGUGAAAGUUGUCAGAGUAAGUCACGUGAUCGAUAGUUUUAGAAAUAAAUUUGAGCAAGUGCAAGAUGAGCUGGUGUAGGAGUUUUUGACAAAAACAGUGGCAACGUAAAUAAAUAUACAUAAAUUGUUAUUGUCAUAAAAUUAAUCUAUUGUUAGCGCGCGUUAUGUAGAGCGUUUGCGUACACAUCCGUUGUAAUAU